CUCAAAUAUUGCAUGAUAAUUCUUUUCAUUCACUACCAUUUAAAAAUUUGUCCUCUUUAAAUGAUUUUGUGAAAAGGUUUCGUAGCGUUGCAAAUGCCCGGACUCGCAACAAUUAUUUUCGUGUCACAUAAAUUGAGAAGAUGUUGCGACUACCCCUACUGCGGGCGGCCGGUUUGUCGACCGGUAGAUUGGGCGUAAGUGGCAUCCAAACUUCAGCCAAUAAGUGCCAUGCAGGUCAGGAUUUAGUGGAGCUUUUCAUCGAUGAUAAGCCAGUGCAGGUGCCACCUGGAACCACGGUCCUUCAGGCUGCGGCAACAAUUGGAAUUGAAAUACCGAGAUUUUGUUAUCAUGAACGGCUGGCUGUCGCGGGAAACUGCAGAAUGUGUCUUGUAGAGAUCGAAAAACAGAUGAAGCCUGUGGCAGCCUGUGCAAUGCCAGUGAUGAAAGGCUGGCGAGUAAAAACAAACUCAGAUCUCACGCGACGAGCUCGUGAAGGGGUCAUGGAGUUCCUGCUGGUGAAUCAUCCCCUGGACUGUCCCAUCUGUGAUCAGGGGGGCGAAUGCGAUCUGCAGGACCAAAGUAUGGCUUUUGGAAAUGACCGAAGCCGUUUCGUAGACAUAGACUUCAGUGGUAAGCGGGCGGUCGAAGAUAAAGAUAUUGGGCCCUUGGUGAAAACCACGAUGACUCGUUGCAUCCAUUGCACGCGGUGCAUUCGCUUCGCUUCUGAAGUGGCGGGGGUCGACGAUCUAGGAACUACAGGACGUGGUAACGACAUGCAAGUGGGAACUUAUGUAGAGAAGUUAUUUUUGUCAGAAUUAUCAGGAAACAUCAUCGAUUUGUGCCCAGUGGGAGCUUUGACAAGCAAGCCUUACGCAUUUGUUGCCAGACCCUGGGAAACUCGUAGAACCGAUAGCAUUGAUAUUUCUGACGCUGUGGGAAGUAACAUUGUGGUUUCCAGUCGUACUGGAGAAGUGUUGAGGAUCCUUCCGAGAGUUAAUGAAGAAGUAAAUGAAGAAUGGAUCUCAGAUAAAGCAAGAUUCUCGUAUGAUGGACUAAAACGUCAAAGGCUAAUCACUCCUAUGAUGAGAGUCAAUAACAAGCUCGAGAAUGUCGAGUGGGAAGAUGCUUUAAUGGCUGCAGCUUGUGGCCUUCAGGAUGUUCCUUCUGGUAAGAGUGCCGUAAUUGCUGGGAAAUUGGCUGAUGCGGAAGCGCUGAUGGCUAUGAAGGAUCUCCUUAAUAAACUUGGUGGAGAGACUCUCGCGACUGAACAAAAUUUUCCUAAGGAAGGAUCUGGUAUUGAUUUUAGAAGCAAUUACUUGACAAAUAAUAGGAUCCAGAAUAUAGAAGAGGCAGAUAUUGUUUUACUCAUUGGAACCAAUCCAAGGUAUGAAGCUCCGUUGGUUAACACGAGGUUGAGAAAGGGAUAUCUUCAUGGGGAACAGACUAUUGCACUUAUUGGACCGAAAGUCGAUCUCACUUAUGAUUAUGAGCAUCUAGGUCAGUCAGCUAAUGUACUGGAUCAACUCAAAAGUGGUCAACAUCCAUUCACUGCAACUUUAAAAAAAGCGAAGAAACCAUUAAUAAUCCUGGGGAUUGAACAAUUGAGACGAAAAGAUGGUGCAAAGAUGUUGUCAGUAGCUCAAGAAUUGGCAAAGACCCUUGGAGACACUACGAAACCUCCAGCUGAUUGGAAAGUCUUAAAUAUUCUCCAUACAAAUGCUUCUCAAGUUGCUGCCUUGGAUAUUGGCUAUGGAUCUAGUUUAGAAGAUGUCAAGAGUCUCCAGCCAAAAGUAUUAUUCCUCCUUGGUGCUGAUGACUCACCUAUUACAAGAGAAGAAUUUCCUCAUUCUUUCAUUAUUUACAUAGGAAGCCACGGAGAUCGUGGAGCAACAGCUGCCGAUGUAGUCUUUGCUGGAGCCGCCUAUACAGAAAAAACGGGAAGUUACGUCAACACUGAGGGUCGUGCACAACAAACGGGUGCUGCUAUUACUCCUCCUGGAAUGGCCCGACCCGAUUGGAAGAUUAUCCGAGCUCUUGCUGAGUUCUCUGGAGUUGAAUUACCUUAUGAUACUAUUGCUGACGUUCGGUCGAGACUUGAAGAGGUUGCUCCUCAUGUAGUCCGAUAUGGUGAGAUCGAAUCAGCUAAUUUUUUCACUCAAGCAUUAGAGUUAUCAAAGAAAACUGGAGGUUCCUUUCUCCAAGAUCCAGUAGACAUAAAACAAAAAUCUCUUGAUCAGUUCUUUAGAACGGACGUAAUAUCCCGAGCCUCCCCAACAAUGGCAAAAUGUGUCCAAGCAGUUCUAAAAGGACGUCAGCCACACUCCAAUCAGUAAAACUGUUUCUAGACUAAUGAAGUAAGAUGUAUAAAUAAAUAGUAUUCUGUUAUGACUUAGAACAAUCGAGUAAUUAUAGAUAGAAGAUUCAAAAGAUGUUUAAAAGUCCGAAUGGUGUCAUCGUUUGUAUGGAAUGAUUCAAAAAUGAUAAUUUCAGUGAAAUCAUAACAGAAUUCUAAAGAGAUCUUAUAUUCAAUGUUCAGCCAAUUGUAAAUUAGUCGCAAUGGUGGUUUAUCACAUAAAAUUUAAAUAAAAUUCUAAAAAAGUAAA